UCGGUGGUGCAGUGGGUGGCGGAAGCGGUGGAGGCGCGGAGUUAGAGAGUGCGGCUGAGAUGCCGUUAAGCACAGCCGGCGUCCUGAGCUCCUCCUCUACCACUUCCAACAGGUCAAGGAACAGGCCUUGCUAUCGGACCAAAGCCCUGAACUCCGAGGUGGAUGAGAGCCUCUUCGGAGCUAUCAAGCCUCUGACCCAGAGCGACAGCCCCCUCGUGCUGCUCCGAGAUAAGCAUGCCAUUCGGAAAACUCUCACUGCCCUGGGCUUGGACCACAAGCCAGAGACCGUCCAGCUCAUCACCCGGGACAUGGUCCGGGAGCUCAUCAUCCCUACCAAGGACCCCUCCGGGGAGUCCCUUAUCAUGAGCCCUGAGGAGUUUGAGCGGAUCAAAUGGGCAUCCCACGUCCUGACUAGAGAAGAACUCAAGGCCAGGGAGCAGGCCUUCAAGAAGGAGAAGGAAGCCACUGUGGACGCAGUGACCACACGCAAGAAGAUCAUGAAACAGAAGGAAAUGGUUUGGAGGAACAGCAAGAAGCUCAACGAUCUGGAGGAGGUGGCCAAGGAGAGGGCCCAGGACCUCCUUCAGAGAGCCAGCCAGCUGCGGAUGGAGCAGGAGGAGGAGCUGAAGGACAUGAGAAAGAUCAUCCUCAAUGCUAAGUGCCAUGCCAUCCGGGAUGCCCAAAUUCUGGAGAAGCAGCUGAUCCAAAAAGAACUGGAUGCAGAGGAGAAGCGGUUGGAUCAGAUGAUGGAGGUGGAGCGCCUGAAAUCCGUGCAGAGGCAGGAGGAGCUGCACAGAAAGAGGCGGGAAGAGAGAAUCCGAGGAAGACGGCACAUAGUGGAACAGAUGGAAAAGAAGGAGGAGCGAUCGCUGCUUGCCGAACAGCGGGAGCAGGAGAAGGAGCAGAUGCUGGCGUAUAGGGAACAGCUCCAGGAGGAGGAUCUAAGGGACUUGGAACGAAGACACCAGCAAAAGCUGAAGAUGCAGGCUGAGAUCAAACGCAUCAAUGAUGAAAACCAGAGGCAGAAAGCAGAGCUGCUGGCUCAGGAGAAGCUGGCAGACCAGAUGGUGAUGGAAUUUACCAAGAAGAAGAUGGCUCGAGAAGCAGAGUUUGAGGCUGAGCAGGAGAGAAUCCGGAGGGAGAAAGAGAAGGAGAUCGCCCGCCUGAGGGCAAUGCAGGAGAAGGCCCAGGAUUACCAGGCAGAGCAGGAUGCCUUGCGGGCCAAACGCAACCAGGAGGUUGCCGACAGAGAGUGGCGCAGAAAGGAAAAGGAAAACGCACAGAAGAAGAUGGAAACUGAGGCCAAACUGCAGAAAAGUCGGCUAGAACAGGUGGCUUUCAAGGAGCACACUCUGGCCGUUCAAGUGCAACGGGACCGGGAUGAGUUCGAGAGGAUUCUUCGGGCUCAGAGAGAGCAGAUUGAGAAGGAGCAGCUGGAGGAGGAGAAAAAGGCCAUGGGGCGCUUACAGUAUGCCAAUGAGCUCCGGCGCCAGGUGCGGGAGAGCCAGCAGAAGCAGGUGCAGGACCGGAUCGCCACCUUCGAGGAGGGCCGGCGCCUCAAAGAGGAGACCCGGAAGCGGCGUGAGCGCAUUGAAGACAUCAAGAAGAAAAAGAUAGAGGAGUUGAGAGCCACCGGCCUUCCUGAGAAGUACUGCACUGAAGCUGAGCGCAAAGCUAACAUCCCACCCGACACCUCUGUGAACUGAGGGUGCCUCUCUGCCCCUCGGGAUGCCUUCAGGGGGCAGCUUCCUCCCAGGCUCUCGGUGUCCAUAACUGCUGCUAAUCUAGACACUUCUGAGUUACAGAUUAAAUCUAUUCUA